CAAAGUGAACUGACUGAAGACUGAAGUCUGUUCAAACAUUAUCAAGACCAAGACUAGUUGUUCGCGAGAUGUCGAUUCUGUAAUUUACUCAUAACUUUCUAAACGUAAUAAGUAUGUAUUGGAAGACGUGUUUUGUGCAAACUGUGAUACUUAUUUUAGGAUAUUUCAUUAUAACCGAUGGUUAUGAACAAAAAUCAAGAGUCAAACGACCUAGAGCUCCUCCUCCAGAACCUGAGAACGACGUAGAAAGUGAUUUCGAGGAACGAAACAAAGAAUUAAAUCCGAACUACGUACCUCCGGGAUUUCUUAGUCCGUCGGUCAUUGAGUAUCUGGAGCUAGGAAAAUCCAUACCAGGAAAACCCGGUUCUGAUUAUCCCGUUUUAAGCAUAGUACCCUACACAAAUUUCUAUUGUGAUGAUCAGUCGUAUCCUGGAUUUUACGCAGAUCCUGAAACACGGUGUCAAAGUUGGCACUACUGCGAUAUUGACGGAAGACAAACAACGUUCCUCUGUCCCAAUGGAACUCAAUUCAGUCAGCUAGUUUUCGUCUGCGAUUGGUGGUUCAACGUACGAUGCGAUCUUAGUGAAAAGUUAUACAUCAUCAACAGCCGCUUGUAUGGUCGUCCCAAGCUGGAUCCAACCAAACCUCAUCGAACAAUCACCAAGCAAAUAUUGGAAGACAUUUUUAAUGACGAAGAAACGUAGACAAUUGCUGCCAAUGAUAUAUAUUAUAUCAUUGGACUUGAACUAAAAUUCUAAAAGGACAAUAAAUAAAUUUUGUAAUUUUUGUCUUAACAAAAAAAAGUUGUGACGAUCAGUUCUAAUUUGUACAGUUAUAGAAUAAUAAAAAGUUUUAAUGUUAACUUAA